CAAGAUGUGUAUAUAACUACUUACGAAACAUGUGGCCAGUAUUGGCCCUACAUUCAUCACUACACCCUGGUUGCAAUCGUGAUCAUGCAGAUAACGAUGAUCGGUCUAUUUGGACUCAAAUCAAAGCCUGCAGCUUCUAUUUGCACAGUACCUCUCUUGGUCCUCACUCUGCUCUUCAACGAAUACUGCAAGGCCCGCUUCCUACCCACAUUCUACCAGUUCUCAGUCAAGGAUGCAAGGGACAGGGACGAUUUUGAUGAAAAAACGGACUUGAUGGAACCCAACAUACAAAAUGCCCUCGAGGCAUACAGCCCUCCCUGUUUGCGGCUACUGGAUCUUGAAGAUGGGGAAUCGAGGUCGAUGCAGCCACUAAUAAAUGCCACCACGUAAAACUUUCUACUUCCCACUUCACUACACAUUGUUUUUCUGCUGCAUGAGUUUGGCAGAUGACAUACAGAACGAUGAUUGCUGCUUGUAUAAAUUCUCUCUCUUGAUCUUGCAAAACUUUCCGUGUCUAUCUAUCAGGCCUUAGAUUUCUGAUAAAUAUGCAAGAUGAGGUUUCAAACGACAGAGUCUGAUCUUAUUAGUACAUUACA